GCGAGCGGAGGGCAAGUUCUUCCUGGAGCGGGGCAGAGGUCACGAGUCAUGUGACAGCCGCUUGACAGGAGGCUUGGGAGAGGCGACGGAACUGCGGGGACCCCCGGGCAGGUCGCCCCGGGCUGGAGCGCGCGUGGCUCUGCAGAGGCGUGCAGAUUGAUCCAGCGAGAGAAAGGGGUUCGUCAUGGCGGAUGAUCUAAAGCGAUUCCUGUACAAAAAGUUGCCAAGUGUUGAAGGGCUCCAUGCAAUUGUUGUGUCAGAUAGAGACGGGGUGCCUGUUAUUAAAGUGGCCAACGACAGUGCUCCAGAGCACGCCCUGAGGCCUGGCUUCUUAUCCACCUUUGCCCUUGCAACAGACCAAGGCAGCAAACUCGGACUUUCAAAAAAUAAAAGUAUCAUCUGCUACUACAAUACCUACCAGGUGGUUCAGUUCAAUCGUUUACCUCUGGUGGUGAGUUUCAUAGCCAGCAGUAAUGCCAACACAGGACUAAUUGUCAGCCUAGAAAAGGAGCUGGCUCCGUUGUUUGAAGAACUGAUAAAAGUUGUGGAAGUGUCUUAAUCUAACAGUGGUUUUGAUGUGUACCUUGUCUUCAUUGCAACAACACUGUACCAGUCCAGCAAUCCUUAGACCACAGUAAUACUUUAUCUGUGUAUUCCGAGGGCCGCUUUUCCACCUUACACUAAAGAAGAGCCUAUAGCUAUAAUUUAUAGACAGAUCAAUUGUUGUAUUUAUGUGUAUUAGGUCUUUUCUUACUUAGUGAGAUCUGGGAACGCCACACAAAUGAUUCAUUCUGGUGCAGCUCCCAUGGAGUUAGUGUGGAUGCCUGACAGUGGGUGGUACUCUGUCCAGCGCAUGGGGGUCAGAACGGUACACAGAUGCUCUGGAGCCAGCAAGCCAUCCUGCCUCACAGUGCUCCCCACACCUGCUGCGUAGUGCUCUCGCUCCACAAGCCACAGAGACUCUUCCUGAGAAUAAUAGUGAGGACAUAUUUUCCUUUUUCUUCUUUGAGGACAUAUUUUUCUUAAGAUUAUAUUUUAUUUCCUGGUAUAGAGUGUGAGGAAGAUGAAUGGCUUAGUGCAGAUAAUAAGUACAAUCACUAACUUUGGUCUGUAUGCGGUCUCAGUGUAGAUAAGUAUUACCGGUGGAUUUGAUGUUCUUCGAGGGUGCUGCUCUUCAGUGAGAACGAAAAUCACUGCUCAUGGUUUCUCUUCUACUUUCUGUAACAGUGCUUCCAUGGUUGUGUUCUUUAUACAUUGAAAAUGCCGUGUUACUGAAUUCUGUUUCCAGUACCAGUAUGUACAUAAAAUGACAGUAUAGCCAUUUUUCAUAUGCAAAUAUAAAUAAAAUAGUAUUUUUAAAAAUA